AUAAAACCCGCCAAGAAAUAGAUAGAAAGCGCUAUUCUUCACUGUAUACUUAACAGUAGAAAUCAUCCAGAAAGAUCCUCGCUUGUUGAUUCCAUGUUUGUUAUUUGUUGGUUGCAUACGAAAUCAGGGCUAUGAAUUAUUUAUUUGAGCACAUCCAGUAGAGGGCCAUUUGGAUACCGCGGCGGACCCGGCCCUGAAACCGUCCCGAUCCUUCCCCUCACCGUAGCGUCAUCACGGACUUGUGCGGGACACUCUAGCCCUUGUCGGGCGGUGUUUGUUGUCUGUAGUCGCCGAGAGGGACUGGGGAUCGAGCACGUGUGUUUUGUUUACGUUUUGGCCGCCGUACCGGGGAUCGGAGCCCACUCUGACAGGUCUGAAGCCGCUCUACAACACUGCAAGCCUCUCCCCUACAACACUCUGGCUACGGGUAGAAAAAUCACCGCUGAAAACAACUUCUCCCCGCUUGUAGCAUGCAGAGAGACGGUAGCAUAGACAGUCGACAUGCUGGCAUGCAGACUGUGGCUGUUAAAAAGGGUGAAGACCCGGAAGCCGACAAGUCCAAACCCGACUGCUCCAAAGUGAACGGCAUCAAGAGCGGGGACCAGUCGCCGCUACUCGAGCUCUCGCCCCGCGGGAAGGACCAGCCCAACGGCGAGGGUUUCCCCGGCAACGCCGAGGACACGCCCCUGGAGCCGGCGCCACGCAGAGCGGAGGAGAAAGAGGAGAAGAAGGUGGGCUGGGGACAGAGAGGGUCUAUAGAAAAGCAGUCCACAGGCAGCAAGUUUCCGCCCAAGAAACCUGCGACCCCCACAAAACAGUCUCCCCGUGUGUAUGCGAGCAAGCGCAUGUCACCCAACAUCGGCCAGCCGUAUUCCGGACAAGCGCCCUCGGCCGCCGCGGGAUGGGCGGGGCAGUAUCGCUUUCCCGUAGGAGCACCUAGAUACGCCAACCCGCACUACAGCGGGUACCAGCCGCCGAUUUUGGACGUUUGGGGGUCGACCCGUUCCUACAGCCCCAGUUACAUGGCCUAUGUUCCUCCACGGACCAUGCCUCCCCCCAGCCCCAGCCAAGGUAGCAGUAGCGGCCAUUCCAGUGGAGAGCAGCUCAGCAAGACCAAUUUGUACAUCCGUGGCCUUACCCCCAACACUACUGAUCAGGACCUCAUCAACCUAUGCUCACCGUAUGGCAAAAUUGUAUCUGUUAAGGCAAUAUUAGACAAAAACACCAAUGUGUGUAAAGGAUAUGGCUUUGUGGACUUUGAGAGCCCAGGUGCAGCCCAGAAGGCAGUCCAAGCCCUGCAGGCACAGGGCGUCCUGGCACAGAUGGCAAAGCAACAAGAGCAGGACCCGACCAACCUGUACAUCUCCAACCUGCCACGCAGCAUGACAGAGCACGACCUUGAACAGAUGCUGUCGCCGCACGGAAACGUCGUCUCCACGCGCAUCCUUCGGGACAACGUCACGUGCGUCAGCAGAGGGGUCGGCUUCGCUAGGAUGGAUUCCACAGAGCAAUGUGAAGCUAUUAUCAACAAAUUCAAUGGCAAAUAUCUUACAGGGCAUACAGGGCAUCUUGAAGCUUUGCUAGUGAAGUUUGCUGAUGGAGGUGUGAAGAAGAAGAACCCAUACCAACAGGAGAGGAGGGGAUGGGGAACAGAUGAUGCGGUGCACCUCCAAUAUGACCCCAGCUUGCCGAACGGCCUGGCCCCCACCCCCCGGGUGAUGCACCAUCCAGUCAUCCCAGCAUCUCCCUACAGUCCCAUGAGCAACACACCGUCUUAUAGCACAGUUCAAACCACCUGGAUCCAGCCCCACCCACAUUAUGUCAUGCAGCCGCACAUGGGAUCCGCGAGUAUGAUGACCACAGACUCUGGGAUGCACAUGCACCCAGGUGUGGUGCCAGGGCUGGCCAAUCAGAUGAAUCAGCUCUCCCUUUCCGGACAAUCGUACAUCCCAGGCACGGCCGGUGUGCACAACCCCUACGUGCAUCAUUACCCACAACCCUCGGGAGUCAUGCAGACUGUUCCAGUAGAGCCCAUGUUGCAGGACAACAGGGCGUCGUCAGUACAGUGGGGCCAAGGCCACAGACUCCUCGACCAGUCCCAGCAGCAGCAGGGUCAGCAGGUUGGGGUGGCGGACGACCACACCCAACACUACUCCUUCCAGCAGGGCAAGUGAGACAUUAAGAAGCUCUGCUGUAAUCUUACAGUAGCGGAGAAGACGAGACAAGAAAGUAACCUCAAGCCUUGACGGACUCCAGACGUGUACAGUACGGAUCUUAAACACGGGCUCGUCUUAGACACGGAAGACGUCGUAGUAGAUCUACUAGUUAGAAGAGACAGGAAAAUUCAAGUUUUGUUUCCGUUCCGCUAGGUUCCUUUUGAUAAGACCGAGAAAUACUAUUUUUUGUAAGAAGAUGAAGACCGAGGCUUCACGCUAGCGACAACAAGAGUAGCGAUCAACCAUUACCCGACAGAUUUCUGAGAAGUUCAAAUUAGUUUAUUUUGCUACAACAGAGAGCUUAUUUUUAAAUCCGUCUCAUCAGAACUAUAACUUAAGAGAAGUUUAUGAAGCUGAAGUCGUAAACAGUGUAACAUUAUAGGAACCAGUGGUGAACCGUGCGCGACCUUUGGUGGUUUGACCCUUGACCUUUGCCCGGUGGCAGAGAAAAGGUCAUCACAAGGUCAAGGUCAAGUAGUAACCUUCUGAUGUGAAAUAGCUUCUUAAGGAUGUUCCUCAAGGUUAAGUCUGUAGUUAGUUAAGAUUUCUUGUUAAGAGUUGUUCCUUUUUGUCCUCAUGAGUUUCUAUAGAAGGAGUUACGGUUACUCUAAGACUAUGCCAUCUCAAGUUACACCUUAAGACAGUCGACGUUGUCGGCGAGGAGUUUUUAGGGAUAAAGUAGUGUAAAUGUUUUCGCAGUUUUAAAGGAGAUUUUUAAAUAAGGGCCAAAUCAUCUCCACACAGUGAGAUUUUGAACAGAGAUUAUGAAUUGCUCUUCUAGAGUUUUUUUAUAGAUGCAGAUUUUCUUUUGUUUUCUUUCACUCUUUUUGUCGCUUUCGGCAAAAUAGGGUUUUAAUUUUCAAAGGUUAUUUUGUUUUUAAGGAAGGAGGUGUGGCCAGUUUUCGUUUCUAAAAGUCCUGAGAUUCAGUUUUAAAUUGUCGUUUAUGUUCCAAUGUCUUGAGAAUUGAUUCACGAGUGUGGAGCAAUUUUAUAAAUAAAGUUCAACGUCGAACAAAAAUGUGAACUCUUGAGCGAAACCUGGCCGCAUCUCUGGGUUAAAUUUUAGGUAGAGUUGAUAGUUUUUUAG